AUGAACCCUUUCCUUUACAAGCUUUUUGCCGCCUCUGUCGUAUCAGCAGCCUUCGUUAACAAUCGUGACCGGUUGGGCACGGUUGAGAAACGUGCCAUCAGCCAGGGCUGGUCACUGCAAUCCAGUGUCUGCCCUUCUGAUACCGUAUCUUGCGGCAACGGUGGAUGUUGUCCUUCUACAUUGUACUGCAAUCCGGCUGCCACAGACCAAGUCUCCGCGUGCUGUUUGACAGCCAGUGACUGUCGCGGUGAGGUCGAAAAUGCACCAACCUGCGCCGACUCUAGCUGGUCUCUGUGGCAGGGUCUAAAUGGAAACGACUUCUGCUGCGAGACGAACCUCGUUGGAGUUUAUAAUGCCGAUAGUCAAGUCGCUGGGUCCUGUGUUGCGUCAACGAGCACGGCGUCCGCAACACCAGCAAGGCUGAUGUCAACCGGUUCCGGCUCACCAGCGACUUCGACGACUACUGUCCCGACCUCGUCUUCUUCGAGCCAGAUUGUUCCACCAUCUACAACCGCCACUUCCACCAGCCCACCCUCGAGUGAAACAUCGGGGCCGACAGGAAGACCAGUAUUUUUCCAUUAUAUGAUCGGCACCAUCACGGAUGAACAUUGUGAACAAGACAUCCGCGAUGCCCAAGCGCUGGGCGUCGAUGCAUUUGCUCUUAACCUUGCCACCGAUACCGAAUCAUGGGCGAUCGACACAGUGCAAUCUUUGUUCAAAUGGGCUACAAUAUACGGUUUCAAACUAUUCUUUUCAUUCGACAUGACUGGAUUCAGCAAUCCUAAUCAAUUUACCGAUUUCCUCCUUUCUUACGUAACCAAUUCGUCAUAUUAUUACUACAACGGAUUGCCUCUCGUAUCUACGUUCAAUGGAGGCGCGAGCUCGUUCACUUUUGGCCAGGACUCGGUCAAUGAUGGGUGGAAGGUCGAGUUCCUCGACGUCAUGGAGGCCGCCGGUCAUCCGGUGUAUUUUGUCCCGGCCUUCCAAGAUGUUACAGUAACCUCGGACUUUUUCAACGAAUUCCCCUCCCUGAACGGAGCAAUGAACUGGAACUCGUGGCCUUUCGCUGACCAAGGCGACAUUAUCGUACCAACAACCGAUGAUAUUACAUAUCUGAACGCCGCCCGUGCAGCCAACAAGACAUUCAUGAUGGGUGUCAGCCCGCUACAGUUCAAACAUAUGGAUUCGUCUGACAACUGGUAUCGGCGGGGAGAAGAAAAUCUGGAAUAUCGAUUCGGUCAGGUCCUCCAGUUGCAGCCUGACAUGGUGGAGUUGCAGACCUGGAAUGAUGCAGGAGAAAGCCACUACAUGGGCAAUUCCUGGCCCGAGCCGAUCGCUGGGACAAACAUCCCCGCGUAUACCGAGAAUUACGACCACACGGCGUACCAGCAAGUUCUUCCUGCCUUCAUCAAGGCAUACAAAUCAGGGGCCACGACCACUGAUACCAUGUAUCCGACAAACGGGAAGAGUGCACAGGGUGUCUUUUGGCAUCAUACCUUGCUCGCUGCCGCUGAUUGCUCGGCAGAUUCUCUGGGCGAUCCAUCGGGAAUUGACACUGCCCAGGACUUUGUGACAGCUGCAGUCCUUGUUGGCCCCGGUAUCGAGUCGUACAACAUUAGCAUUUGGUCUGGCAAUACUUUCCUUGGCUCACAAAGCCUCUCCCCAGGCUUUAAUGGGCUUCAUGUCAGUGGGCUCACUGUCGGAACUGUCGUAGUGAACGUCACUGAUACAUCUACUGGUUCGGUGGUCAUCUCGGGGACCGGACCCAUUCCUGUAACGGAUAGCUCAGAUCUCUGCAAUUAUAAUUUCCAAGUUGUGGCUCUUACGUAG